CCAAAGAGGAAACAUGCGGUAUUGGGAACACGGGCACGGGCGCCUUCCCAAUAAAGAUACUUACCGUUUUCGGCUAUUAAACACGCAUUAUUUGCCUUGCUUCACUCCCCGGUUAGUCGAUGAGGUAAUAAACAUCACCAGGCACCGUUCUCAGUGAUAGGCGGAAUCUUGCGCAUCGUCGUUUAAACCGUUGCUGUUCGACUCCUUUCCCAACGUCCUUUCCCAACGUCCUACACCGAGGAGGAGACCACGGAGCCGUGCUGCUAAGAGCUAAGAGAACACCAUGGCCUUGCCAAUAGACAACGUCAAGAGAGCACUGGCCAAGUAUGCCAAAUUCGUUGGUCCUGGCAUCAUGGUAGCGGUUGCUUACAUGGACCCUGGCAACUACUCCACGUCGGUGUCUGGUGGUGCCAACUAUGAAUACAAGUUGUUGUUUGCCGUGCUGUUAUCGAAUAUCUUUGCGGUGAUUCUUCAAAGCCUGUGUAUCAAGCUUGGGUCUGUCACCGGGCUGGACCUUGCUGAGAACUGCCGAAAACAUCUGCCUCGUUGGCUGAACCUGACGCUGUAUGUCUUUGCCGAGCUGGCGAUCAUAGCGACUGAUCUGGCCGAAGUGGUGGGAACUGCGAUUGCCCUGGAGAUCUUGUUCAACAUCCCUUUGACAUAUGGCGUUGCACUCACAGUCCUCGACGUUCUGUUGAUUCUAUUUGUAUAUAGACCAGAAUCGAACUCCAUGAGAAACGUUCGGGGAUUCGAGAUCUUUGUGAGUGUCUUUGUAUUCCUCACAUGUGCCUGCUUUGUUAUAGAGCUCUUCAAGAUUGAUGUUCCUGACAAACUCCACGUGUUCAGAGGGUUCCUGCCUUCAAAGGAGCUGACAGAGCAAAAUGGAAUAUACCUGUCGCUGGGUAUUCUCGGUGCCACAGUGAUGCCACAUUCGUUAUACUUGGGCUCCUCACUGGUCAAGCCGAGGUUGACAGAGUACGACAUCAAGCACAACCAUCAAAGAGUUGAUCCUGUUAGGCCAACGUUGCAGGCGAUUCAGUACUGCCUGAAGUACUCAUAUGCCGAGCUGAUCAUCUCGCUCACCUUAAUUGCAACGUUUGUUAACUCAGCCAUCUUGAUCGUUGCAGGUGCUACGCUGUAUGGCCAACCAGAUGCAGAUGAUGCGGACUUGUUGACCAUCUAUGAAAUGCUCACAAGGUAUAUCUCACCAGCUGCCGGUUUGGUCUUUGCGUGGGCAAUGCUCUUCAGUGGUCAAAGUGCAGGCAUUGUGUGCACCAUGGCAGGUCAAAUAGUCAGUGAGGGCUUUAUACAGUGGUCAGUUAGUCCAUGGGCGAGAAGACUGUUGACUAGACUCAUCGCUAUUGUCCCAUGUCUAUUUGUCACGCUAACUAUGGGAAGAAAAGGUAUUGCAGACAUCUUGAACGGGAGCCAAGUUUGCCUCUCCAUGAUUCUACCCUUUGUUUCCGCACCACUUAUCUACUUCACGUCUGUUAAGAAGUUUAUGCAAGUGGAGGUGACGAUUGAUGAGAGUGAUGUCGGCUCAUUGAUGAGCAGCGAUGCUAACGACUAUGGUGCAACAAGAACAGGUAGAACUCACCAUCCUAGACCUCCAAAGGCUGAAAUUGUGGACUAUACGAACAGUAAAUGGGUUGCAUCGUUUGGCAUAAUCACCUGGUUGUGUAUCACAGUCUUCAAUUUCUAUCUCAUCAUUUCAUUCUUACUAGGUGCUGAUAUCCACUUUUGA